AAGAACACUCCACGCCAGAGAGCACAAGAAAAGUUUUCCAAAUAUUCACCGUAUUCAGGCUGUCGGACAGUUUAAAGACCUGCCUCAGAUGCCCUGUGGAGAACAUUAUUUAUCAGUCAUUUAGCUCAUGAGAUGAAACAAGGUAAAUAACUGUUAUUAAAACACGUCUGUUUGUUGUAGCGAAGACAGGUUCGUGCGUGUUUUAGUUCCGGGUGUGUUUCACUAAAGUAGGAACCUCAGUGAGCUUACCAGGAAAGGGACCAUGGCUGCGGCGCUGCUGUCAGAGACGGAGAUCAGGCACCGGUCUAUGGCAGAGGAGGAUCCGAACGGGAAUGAACAUGGGGCGGCUGCGCGCAGCACCGCGCCUCGCUGGGGACCGCAGCAUGCCGGGGCCCGACAGCUCGCCAAGCUUUACUCUCCGGGAAAGCGGCUGCAGGAGUGGGUCUGUGUGGUUCUGUGCCUCUCGCUCUUCAUUGUAAACCUCUCUUUCCUCUUCUUCAACUUCUCCACAGUGCACAUCUACAGAAUCAUCUUUGGCAUUGUGACUGGUAUUGUGACAGCAGACUUUGCCUCUGGGAUCGUACAUUGGGGAGCUGAUACGUGGGGUUCAGUGGACAUCCCAGUUAUUGGGAAGGCAUUUAUUCGCCCGUUCCGGGAGCACCACAUUGAUCCGACGGCUAUCACACGGCAUGACUUCAUAGAGACUAAUGGAGACAACUGCAUGAUCACCAUCCUGCCUCUGGCCCACAUGGCCUAUAAAUUCCUCUCCUACCCACCAGAUGCCCUUGCAGAGUCCUACCCCUGGGAAUGUUUUGUUUUUGCGUUGGCGGUCUUUGUAACCAUGACUAAUCAGAUCCACAAGUGGUCCCACUCCUACUUCGGCCUGCCACGCUGGGUCACACUACUGCAGGACUGCCACCUAGUGCUGCCACGAAAACACCACCGGAUCCAUCAUGUGUCGCCACAUGAGACGUACUACUGCAUCACCACAGGGUGGUUGAACUACCCGCUGGACAGAGUGGGAUUUUGGCGGACGUUGGAGUGGUUGAUCGAGAGAUUGACGGGUCAGAAGCCACGCAGCGACGACAUGGCCUGGGCCAAGAAAACCGAGUGACCAGGAUAACAGGACUGAACUCCCUCCCUCAUCCACGUCUCCCCCUGUUGAGGGGGAACAGAAACCGAAUAUGGGCCUUACCUCUGUACCCCAACACCUCUCUCCUGUAAUGUCCCCAUGUCCUCCAUCUCCCCUAAACCAUGUUCAAUACAGCACAGAACCACAGAUCACUCUUAAUGCUGGGGCCUUUUCCCAUCACUGAGGUCUGCUAACACACAAGCCAUCACCCGUUCCUCCUGUACUGGCUUCCCUCCUCUGUUUUUGUAGAUGUCCACAUGCAACAAAAAAGUAGAAAGACAAGAUGAAGUUCAAAACGGUGGUGUCAAACUGCUGAGAUAAUGAUGAAAUCACAAUCCUUUCCUCCAUCUCCAUGUGCUUUCUCGUUUCGGUGUGUAAAAUGUAUGUUUUCUGGAGGUUGGGCUCUCCAGAGGACCGAAACCAUGUUGUGAUUUUCCCAGCAUGGUUUUCAUAGUAGUGCAUGGAACGAGAGAAGCAAUUAAAUGUGGAUUUGAUUCUAGAAACUGCGAGAAGAGAUUUAUCGCCAUCUCAAACGCUCUCUCCAGUUUCACAAAAGCAUCUCGGCACCGUUAAAACCCUCCGAGGGACGCAUGGAGGAUCCGUUACUCAAAACGCAGGGAAAGGGUUUUGUUGGCCAACCAGCGUGGUCAGUGCUCAGUUGACCCAACUGAAUGUUUUCCCUGAAUGUUUCUUACUGAGCUCGUGUUGGCCUUAAGUACAAACCCAUUACACUUAUUUCUAAUCAGCUUACCGGGGCUUAGCGGUGAUGAACAUUGAUUGCGUCUCAAUGGUGUGUUAGCGUGACAUGUUAUUGAUAUUUGGAGUAGUAUUAGCAGUCUAGCUAGUGAUGUCCUCCUGCUGUAUCCUGUGGUACAACGCUUUAGCAAAGGUUGUACUAGUAAAGGUCACUUUAGAAAAGGUCAGUUUGAAGCUUUAUUAAAGAAAAUCAUUGUUGUUGUUUUCUUAUUGAAUGAUAUAUGCACUCUAUUUGACCAAUAGUACUUUUCAAACUCUUGCAAAACUAAAGGGAAAAACAGCCAAAUACACUCCCUGUUUUCUCUCUCACACACAUAUUUAUCCUAAAAACACACUUUAUGAAUUUCCUGUGGAUUUAUGUAUCUCCAUUUGCGCUGAACUGGUAAAUGGAGAGAAUAGGGUUUUAUAAAAAGAGUAUUUCAGUAUGGAUUGUCUCACAUUCUUACAAUAGCUGCAGCUUCACAAUUUGGGAUUCAUUGUCUGGCUUUUUCUUUUUUAAAAAAAAAAAAAAAAUCAUAGGUACUAUAUAACUUUCAGCCUUGUAUUUGUUAUUUGUUCUUACUUUCCAUUUCGCAGCUAAUGCUCGCUGCUAGUCUGCCUUAAACCAAUGUUUUUAUUAGCUGUAUGAUUUAAUAAAUAUCUAAUAAAUGA